AUUGAAGGUCACAAUUUGUGUUCAUCAUAAUAUUAUCACCUUCACAAGAAAAGAUGAUAGUUUGCUGGUGUAGAACGAAAUAGGAUAGGUAUUGUCCAUGGCGUGCCUGUUUUUAACUAUAGUCGCGUGUAGAACUACCUUGAUGUCGUAUUUUCAACAAUUCUUCCGAAUUGUAGAGAACACAGGUCAAGGAAUUGAAAGGUAGUUGUCAAAUUCUGGCUGUGUUAUUACUCCUGCCCAUAACAUACUGGAAGAUGCAUGCAUACCAAAUGUACUUGUCAGUAGUGGCAACUGGCAAGUAAUAUAUCACUUUCUUUCUACUUGUUCUAUUAACACAAAGAUAAACUAUGAGCUGAGCACGGUUGGAUAGCUCAGUAGUAAAGAGUUUAUCCUUUGUCGUCCCAGGUCCUGGGUUCGACCCUGGCUCACCCCGAGAGUUUCGUAGAACAGAUACUCAUUUGUAAGGCUACAAGCCAUAUUUGUCAAAAAAAUUAAAAAAAAAAAAGAUAAACUAUGAGCUUGUAUCACCUUGCAAAUGCGUAUGGGGAAGUGUGGCUCUGCAAGGCAAGAAAUGCUCCUCAACCAACCUUACCCUCAGCUCCAUUAAUAUUGAAAAUAAAUACUACACCAUAAUUAGCCAUAAAUAAAAGCUCGAAACCUCCUUAUUUCUUUCACUGCUAUUAUAUGAGUACUAGUAUAAAUCAUCAAGGAAACUUGGCUCUUUAUACCAUGAUCUAAGACAAACAGAGAAACGAAAUAUAGUAAAAAGUUCGUCGAGGAGAAUGGAAUCAUCGCCAUCAGUAGCAGCAGCAAGAGGGGAUAAAAAUGCAGGGGAAGAAAAUGGAAGCAGUAGCAUGCGGAAGACAGAGAGCAUGCUACGUCUGCUGCCGAUGAGCUUAUGCAUCGUUUCGCUUGUGCUCAUGCUUUCCAACUCUCAAUCAAGUGACGACUUCGGUUUACUCUCCUACUCCAACCUUGGAGCUUUCAGGUAUUUGGUACAGGCCAGUGGUGUAUGUGCCGGAUACUCCUUCCUCUCUGCUCUUGUCUCGGCCCUUCCACGUCCCUCAACCAUGUUUCGAGCCUGGACUUUCUUCGUCCUAGACCAGGUCUUCACAUACAUAAUAUUGGGAGCUGGGGCGGUGUCAACUGAAGUUGUUUACCUGGCAUACAAGGGCGACGCAGCCAUCACCUGGAGCGGAGCUUGCGGGUCUUUGGGGAAGUUCUGUCACAAAGCCACCGCAUCCUUGGCCAUAACCUUUGCAGUAGUAAUCUGUUACGCAGUGCUUUCACUCAUCUCCUCCUACAGACUCUUUAGCAGAUACGAAGCACCUGUGGGUUACACUAACAAAGGAAUUGACAUGUCUUCUGUCUUUCACACUUAAGAAAUCAAGCAAGCUUUUGCAACUAUACAGAGGAUAUAGUUCUGCAUUAUUGUUUACUGAUUCACAAACAAAUUGUUCUUAGUUGUGAACUUUGAUAUUUGAUAUUUAUAACCAAAUUGUUCUUUAUUUUUA